GAAAGCACUUCCUCACCCAACACUCUCUCUCCUCUCUCUCUCUCUUCCUUUUCAUCUACACAAUCCUCCAAAAGCUUCCAAACCCACCUCCACAAUCCUCCUCUCUCUCUCUAGAAGCAAUCAUAUUCCCUCAGAGAAGCCUCCCAAAUAAACAAGACACAGGCCAACCCAAAAAGUCUCUUUCUGUGUGUGGAGAGAGAGAGAGAGAGAGAGAGAGAGAGAGCAUUAUUCCAAAACCCAAAUCACUUCAUUUCACAAUUUUCAAUCCUUUUUUGAUUUCAUUCAUGGGCUGCUCUUCUUCAAGACCUCUCACCCUUCUCACCAAAAACCCACAACAACAACCUUCACAACCCUCCUCUUCCACUGCUCUUACUUCUUCAACCCCAAACUCUUCAUCUGCCUCAAACUCUUCCAAUUCCUCACCACCAUUACCACCACCAGCCUCAUUUCGCAGAGCUCUCUCCAUCUCAGCCCCUCUUGUUCAUCACCCACCUCUCAGAAAAGGCGACACUCACCACCUCGUUUCUCUCACCUCCACUACCUAUGGCUCCCUCCACAUUGACCCCACAUCCCCCAAGACCCUCAAUCUGAACGGUCAGGAUUCUCCUGAUCAAUCCUACCCCCCAAAACGCUCCUCAUCUUCCCCUGACUCUGUCAUCAACACUUGGGAACUGAUGGAUGGCCUCAAUGACUCUGAUUUCCAUUCUCAUUUCUCUGAAGAACAGCCCAUUUCCUCCAUUUUUGACCACACAAUUGGGUUUUCCAACAAAGCCAGUUCUCGCAGGUACUCAAGCUUUGAUGGGUCUGUGAAGAAACCGUUUGAUUCUUUCAAAUCAGUGAGAUCUUCAGUAAUAAAGGCGGAGGACUCAAUGCCUACCUCAUCCUCAUCCUCGUCUUCUUCGAAGCCUCUGUGGAAGCAUUUAUCGGAGGAGUCUUUGUUGUCGAAGAUGGACCCCAAUGUGGUCUUAACUUACAGAAGAGCAUUGUCUUCUAGACAACUGGGCUACAACAACAAUGGCAAAGUUGCAAGAUCAUUGACUUAUAGUACCCCUUCGUAUUCCUCAGUUUCAAAUGCUUGUUUUCAUCUUCCGGGUACUGAAGAUAAAAUUGUGGUCUACUUCACCAGUUUGAGAGGAAUUCGAAAGACUUACGAGGAUUGUUGCGCGGUUAGGAUGAUAUUUAGGGGAUUUAGAGUGGCAGUAGAUGAGAGGGACAUUUCAAUGGAUUCUGAGUACAAGAAGGAAUUGCAAAAUGCUUUUGGAGGCAAAGCAGUGAGUCUGCCACAAGUGUUUGUUAGAGGCAAGUCUGUGGGAGGAGCAGAGGAAAUAAAGCAGCUCAACGAGGAUGGAGAAUUGGGAAAGCUUUUGAGAGGCUUUCGAGUGAGGGAUACUGGGUUUGUUUGUGAGGGAUGUGGGGAUGCAAGGUUUACACCGUGCCCAACUUGUAAUGGAAGCCGAAAGCUGUUUGAUGAGGAUGAAGGGGAACUGAGGAAGUGCCACGAUUGCAACGAGAACGGAUUGAUUAGGUGCCCUGGUUGCUGCUUGUGAAUGUGUAUGCCAACUGGUGACGCUUGCAGCUAACGUUCUUUUGCUAGAUAUCUAGCAUGUUGUGUUCGCAGACUCAAUCACGACGAUGUAUCCAGACAUGGUCGAUUAUUCAGAUCGGCAAUCUGACAACACGUCUAUCUAGCAGCAGAACAUUUAUGUCAUAAUAAAUUAUGUACCACGCCAUUUCUGCUGCAGCUACCAUUAGAAAUGUCACAUAUUCUUAUGUGUCUAGAGGAUUUUGUUUGAAGUUUGUUUCUAUAUCUAUUUCCUGAGUUCGUGAAGUUUUUGCAUGUAUGGCAGUUGGUGACUAUUGAAU